AUGUGUUCUGAAACAUCUUCACCCCGUUUCUCUUUCUCCAAUGAAAUGAAACAUGAUGAUGAUGAUGAUGUUUCUCGUAGAGACACAUUGCUUCUUGAAUCAAAUCCUGAUUUUGAAUUCAUCACUAGCAGAAGCACUGAGUUUGAAACAACUUCAGCAGAUGAACUUUUCUGCAACGGAGUUAUACUUCCAUUGCAGAUACAAGAUAAGAAGAAAAACAUCAUUGAAAAUUAUAAGGAACAUCCUCCAUGUAUGAAUCUUCCACCUCGUCCAUUUUCGACUAAAAUAAUGAAACAAGUUGAGGAAACAAAUACUCAAACAAGUUUUUUCGCCUCCUUUGUCGCGAAGCAAUUCGACCAGUUUAUCGCUGAAUCUAAUGAGAACGAGUUUGAAUAG